AUGUUAUCUAAAAGUCAAAAACUCCAAACAAACACUGCCGGUGUCCGAUUAUGAUAAAUAUAAUCAUGCCAUAAAUUUCUACCUUGAGGAAUUGUGAAUUAUCUGUAAUUCAAAGUGUAGUGAGAAGAUUAUAGAAACGACAUUCCUCAGUACUCAAGCAAUUCUUAACAUUACGAAAUUUGGAUUUAAGAGAUAUUGGAAAUAAUGCAGUCUCAACUACUUCAAGAUAUAUCUGGAAUGAACCACACCGAGUACAAGAAGUAUCAUGAGUCACUCAUGAUGAAUAACCACGGUUCAACAGCAUUUCAUACGUUUUUAUGUAUAUUCUUUACUGUACAAUGUUCGGUAUAUUGUGCAAUUAUAAACAAGUUUUCUGGCGUACUUCAAUACUUCUACGAAUAUAUAGUUAUUAUACUAACUAUGAUAACCGCCCAUACAGUAUUAUCGGAGUAUAUUUAUAUAUUAAACAUUGCUAUUUUUACAAUGCUGUUGUAUGAAUUCAUCUAUCAAUAUAAUAAAUUGGAUUUUUUCAAGAAAUUCAAACAAUACAAUCGCUACAAAACAGGACGAAUUCAUACAAUUUCAUCUGUUAGAGGACUCACCUAUUUGAUCACUGUAUUCUGUAUUCUAGCUGUAGAUUUUGAAAUUUUCCCGAGACAUCUUGCAAAGACUGAAAGUUAUGGUUACAGUCUAAUGGACACGGGAGUGGGAUUGUUUGUAUUUAUGAGUGGUUUGGUACACAAGGAUGUUUCUAAAAAUAAUGUUCUAGCAAUAAUAAGAGGGAAUACAAAAUUCAUAUCUAUACUUGUUUUCCUCGGUGUUGCCAGGUUCAUAUCUGUGAAGCAAUUGGAUUACCAAGAGCAUGUCACAGAGUAUGGAGUGCAUUGGAAUUUCUUUUUCACAUUAGCAGUAUGUAAACUAGUUUCUAGUGUCUUGUUAUUCUACUGUAACAACCCUCUGUGGUUAAGUGUAAUAGUGUUAGUUGUACAUGAGACAGCUUUAUAUGUUGGACUUCAAGAAUGGGUGUUUGGUGAUGCACCACGAAUAAAUGCAUUGGACGCUAACAGAGAAGGCAUAUCUUCUAGUCUAGGUUAUGUUUCUUUAUACUUGUUUGCUGCUUAUAUAAAACUGAUAUUGACUGAUAAGACAACACAUAGAUAUAAGGUUCAAAUUACAUUAACUUCAGUCUGUCUAAUACUGUGGAUAUUGACAUAUGUAGUGGAUUGGUACCGUCCCACUUCUAGAACAUUAGCUAACAUGGGCUAUUGCCUCUAUAUAGAAGGCAUGAUAGUCACUAUAAUCACAACCUUAUACUUCCACGAAGUACUGUUCCAUAAUUUUGAUGUGCCCGUAAUUCUGUCAACUGUCAAUGACAAUGGAUUGUUGUAUUUUCUAAUAGCCAACUUAAUAACUGGCGCCAUUAACUUAAACAUAAGAACUAUGCUUGUUUCAACUCCUAUGACAUUACUUAUUUUUGUUAAUUAUAUGAUAGUUACUACAGCUUUUACUGCUUAUUUGAAAAGAAUAGGUGUAAGAAUAUAAAAACAUUAAUUUAUUUAUAAAUUGAAAUAAAAGUAUUAUAUACCAUGUACAUAAUAAUAUUAAAUUACAUAAAUAGUAGAUAUAUAUUUAUCACAAGAACAAUUCAAUGCAAAAGAAUUCAAGUUCUGAUGCUACUUGGUGAAAUAAUAUAUAUAUGUUACAUAAAAAUAACUUAAGAAAAUAAAUUAAAUUACUAAAUCUAAAUAUUCUUGUAUUUUAAUGCAGGCGAAACAGUAUUGCAUUAUAUACAAUCUGCAUAUAAAUAGGUUUUAUAUAAUUUGUUAGUUUUUAUACUUUUCUGAUGCAGUGGGAAGUAAAGCCAAUAUCAAUACCAAUAUAAAUAAAAUAUAGGCUUAAUUACAAUGCAUACGCAUAAACCAGUAUGUGUGUGCUACAGCAAUACAAAAUGGCACAUAGCUCUGUGUGGAGAAUCACUCCAGAAUCAAAACACUGACUUUCAGCUGUCUUCAAGCUAUGUAUGUAAUUUUUAAAACACAAAAAAAAACAAUUGGUUGAAUAUGAAAUAAAUAAAU